GUCUUGGUGUAUAGCAUGCAUGUCAAUGGAAGGUCGUGGGUCUGGUGCGCAGACCGGUCAGCCUCGACUAUCCCCUUGAAGCAAGCUGUUCGCAACAGACGUCAGUCAGCUCACUGAAGCCUUAGUUGUGCGGGGAGACCCGAAGCAGUAACCAUGGCUCGCGCGCUGGACUUCCUGCUUGAUGACGCUCCGGCAUCGGCGGCGGCGGCAGGACCAUCGAAGAAAGCUGCCCCGUCGACUUCUACGCCGAGCAACAAGCGCCGAAAGGUUGAUCUUGAGAUGACGAAGGAUCAGGAUCAAGGAGAUUUCGAUGUUGACAUUACGAGGUCUCUCCUCGGUCCUGCCACCGCGAGUAAGCCCACGACGGGCAAAGGCAAAACCAAGGCGAAAGGGAAGGGCCUCCCAAUCGGAGAUGAAGCUGCCAAAGAUGACGAGGAUGAUGGAGAUGCUGAAUUCAUCGCCGGCGCUCAGCAAAGGCACAAUGUCAAAGCUGGCACGGAAGUCGCCAAGCGUGCCGUCAAGGGCAAGGGCAAGGCGGAUGCUAUCAUCACCGGCGGCGCCAAGGUGACAGGUGGAGGCUCAUUCCAGAGUAUGGGCCUGCACCCGUCUCUGCUGCGCUCUCUCCUCGUCCGUGGCUUCACGACCCCAACGCCGAUCCAGCGGCAGGCAAUUCCCUCAAUUCUUUCCCAGCCGCCGCGAGAUCUGGUCGGUAUGGCACGCACAGGGUCAGGCAAGACCCUUGCCUACAUCAUUCCUCUGAUCCAGCGCCUCAACGGGCGGCACUCGACUACGUUCGGCAUCAAGUCCAUCAUCCUCUGCCCGAGCAGAGAGCUCGCGCUUCAGAUCAUGAAGGUCGGCAAGGAGAUCGCGCGCGGCUGGAAGCCGGAUUCUGCUUCCUCCUCGGCCGCCGCAGAGAGGGAUGGGCAGGAUGCCGCGCCGCGCGGAGAGGCAAUCCGAUGGGGCCUGGUCGUUGGUGGCGAGUCACUGGACGAAAAUUUUGCGCUGAUCGCAUCCAACCCCGAUGUCCUCAUCGCCACACCGGGUCGUCUGCUCCAUCUCAUCGUCGAGAUGAACCUCGACCUGUCGUCUGUCAACUAUGUUGUCUUCGACGAGGCAGAUCGCCUCUUCGAGAUGGGGUUCGCCGCGCAAUUGGAGGAGUUGCUGCUGCGUCUGCCGCCAUCGCGUCAGACUCUGCUGUUCAGCGCGACGCUUCCCAAGAGCUUGGUCGAGUUUGCACGAGCGGGUCUGCAGGCGAACCCCAAGCUUGUCCGUUUGGAUGCCGAUGCAAAGAUUAGCGCUGAUCUCCGCAUGGCCUUCUUCAGCGUCAAGCCGAGCGAGAAAGAGGCUGCGCUGCUCGUCCUGCUGCGAACCGUCAUCGGGGUGCCUUUUGGCGAGCAGGCGGAGAAGGAAGAUGAGAGCAUUUACGAGGACGAUCGUGACCAGCGACAUCAUGGCGGUCGGAGAAAGCCUUCCUUCUCCGCUCCGGCUAGCCGGGACAAAGGCUGGGGAUCCAGGGCGUCCGGUGGAGACAAGAAACGCAAGCGCACUGCCAACGAUGCGCUCGGUGGCGCAGCGAGGCUGCUGCCGCAUCAGACGAUCAUCUUCUGUGCGACCAAGCACCACGUCGAGUACCUCACGCAGCUGCUCUCCACCUGCGGCUACGCAUGCUCGCACAUCUACUCUUCGCUUGACCAGACCGCGCGAACGAUCCAGAUGGCACGCUUCCGCCGCGGUCAGACCAGCUUGCUCAUCGUGACCGACGUCGCUGCCCGCGGUAUCGAUCUGCCCGUCCUCGAGCACGUUAUCAAUUAUGACUUUUGCUCUCAGCCGCGCGUCUUCGUUCAUCGUGUAGGCAGGACGGCCAGGGCCGGCAGGAAGGGAUGGGCGUACAGUUUCGUCACAAACACAGAGCUACCGUACCUGUGCGACCUUCAGCUGUUCCUUGCAAGACCGCUCGUCCCGUCCGGUCGUGCAAGCAAAGCGCUGGUCGACAACGGUGCAGACGCAGAUGCUGGCACUGCUGACAUGCACACCAACCUUGUCCUUGGCACCUUCUCACGGCACAUGCUUGACCCAGAGGUCGACUUCUUGGAGCACUCGCUCACAUCUUCCUCGUCCGCCGCUGCGCAGGCACUGCCGGCGCUCAAGCAGGUCGCUGCUCGUGCGCAGGGCAUGUACGAGCGCUCGAGGAGCAAGGCGAGUCAGGAGAGUCAUCGGCGCGCGAAGGAGAUGGUGAAGGCGGCUCAAGAGGCCCAUCUGCAUCUCACUGCUGCCAAGUCUCUCGAGCCGACGAGUCUCCUGCUUGCAGGGUGUGCGAGCGAGGAACUGGGCGUCCAUGAGGUGUUGCGCAACCCUGCUGCCUUUGGCUUCAAGGGUAUGCCAAUACGGAGCGAUAGCGCUCUCAGCUUAAUAAAAGCUCAGCCUGACGGCGUGCAGAGCCCUGGCCCUGAUGACGCAGACAUGGAUGCGGCCCGUGCAGCGAUGCUCGCAAAGAUCAACGGCUUCACACCCAUGGAGACGAUUUUCGAAGCCGGCAGGCAAGGCGCUAACCCGCUAGCGCAACUGAUGAAGUCGCGCCGUCAGACCUUGCAGCAGGCCAAGAGCAAGGACGUCGCCGCAAGGGCAGCGGCAGCCGAUGAUGCUGGCAAGGCUGACGACGAUGCUGAGACGAAGGCCGACAGCGGAGGACAUCUCGACGGAAGUCUGAGCGAGGCUGACGAGGAGGACCUCAAGGAUGUCUUUGAUCUUGGUGGUGUUGAGGAGGCUGGCUCGGAGGAAGAGCAAGAACAGGCACCAAAUUUGUCAACCAGUGCACGCCCACUUGCCAAAGGCGCCUUUAGAGACCCCAACUUCUACAUGUCGUACAAACAGGAAGGUGCCGACUCGGAGAAAGGCUACUCUUUCUCAGGAGGAGGCAGCUCCUUCAACGAGCAAGCUAGGCAUGUGACCUUUGAUCUCAAUGGCGACGAUGCGACGCUUGGCACUCAGACACAGCGACCCAACGCCGCACGCUGGGACACCAAGAAGAAGAAGUUCAUCAAGGGCGAUGGCACCGGCUCCGACAACAAACGCCUUAUUAGGACGGAAUCGGGCCUGAAGCUUCCUGCCACCUUCCGCUCAGGUCGUUUCGACGAGUGGAAGCGCGAGCAGAGGCUCGACAUGCCGAAAGUCGGCGAGCGCGAGGCAGAUCUUCCUAUCACGCUACGCUCGGAGCACAUGCGCGAUGGUCGCCGUCUGUUCAAGCACACGAAGACGUUCGAGGCAAAGCCGGUCGACAGGCUGUCUGACAAGUGGUCCAAGAACUCGAAGAAUUUCACUGCGAAGGAGAAGGCACAGCAUGAAGAGGCUAAUGCCGCGGCGAAGGUACGGGACGCGAAAGGCACCAAAGGCAAGUAUGGCAGUGGGAAGAAGGUCCACACUGCUGGUGCCAAGCGCAACAGUGGCACCAAGGCCCGUAGCGAGCUCAGGUCGGCUCGGGACAUCCAAAAGGAACGCGCUGUCAAACAAAAACGGCGCGAAAAGAAUGCGAGACCGCCAUCGAAGAAAGGCAAAGGUGCGCGCUAGUUUGGUUCCGAUUACAUAUUGCUUGUUAUUCCCAUUGCGGACAGGAUGUCACAGUUCAGUCCUUCAAGGGAAGCGAAAUUAUCAAUGU